ACGCCUAUAUAAGACUAAGAUGAAAGCCAGAAACAUGUUUUGACAGGUCAACUAAAUAGUACAGUACCCUAUAUCAAAAUUCCUCGAUAACAAAAGUUAUUAUUUUGAGAACUGAAAAUUGUUAAAACAGUAUGUCGAAUAAUGUAAAUUGGGACAGAAAGUUUCUUUGACAGAUAUCGAAAUUAUGGAAGUUUCUGGAACAAAAGAGAAAGAGACAGAUCUGGAUCUAACGUCAUCACAACGUAGUUCUGGUGAUGGCGACAAACUAUACUGUUUGCCAUGUGAACAGGAUGGGUCUCGAGUACCAGCAUAUGGUUACUGUCAGGAUUGUUUCGAACACUUGUGUGAGAUAUGCUUCAAAAGCCACAAGAAACCAGCACCAUGCAGGAAUCAUAUCCUUCUUGAUAAAACACAGAUGCCACAGACGCCACAGAUGCCACAGACUAUCGACAUAUCAAACCCAAACGACCUAACGGAAACAUGUAACAAACAUAAGAGUAAAGUUAUAGAGUAUUUCUGUCGGCAGCAUAAGACCUUAGGAUGCAGCCCAUGCAUGACCACCAAACACAGAUCUUGCGAAAUAGAUUACAUUCCAGAUGUUUCUGCCAGCUAUCUGUCCAGUCCUGAAUACCAGAGUCUUCUACAGUGUUUAGAAUCUUUACAUGGACAUUUGAAGAAAAUGACAGAAUCCGCACAAGAAAACAAAACUCUAAUACAAGAAAAUCACGAAAAAGUCAGGGAAGAUAUUCAAAGGUUUAGACAAGAGAUCAACAUCACAUUAGACAAUUGGGAAGCUUUGGUCAGCGAAGAAGCUGAAAACAUUUUUUCACAAGAGAACAAGAAUGCAGAUUUAGUAUUGAACCAAUGCCGGGAGAUGACACAGAAGAUUGAAAGGAAGCAAUACAGUCUUAACAAGUUACAGUCAGAAAAUAAACACAACAUGUUAUACAUACAUGGCAAAAGAAAUGAAGAGUCAAAAGACGCAGACAUGAGUGAAGAGCUGACACUGCAGGAAGAAAUUCAUGUAAACAGUUACACAUUUCAACCAAAUUUGGCACUCCAGAAUCUGCUACAGACUGAGACAAACAUCGGAAAGCUCUCCAACAAUAAGAAAGAAGUAGCACAAUGUGAACAGAGUAAAGGCAACGGAGCUAAACUGUCUGAGAACCUAGUAUUACAUGAUCUUACAUUUGAGGGCAUUUCCGCCGAACUAUCGUGUCAAAUUGAUGUAAAAACACCUAGUGACAAAUAUGGCUGUCGUUUAACAGGUAUUGAUACGAUUGGGGAAGACAACAUUGUUGUUGCCGAUUAUUCUAAUAAAAACAUCAAAAUUAUUGAUGUUAAGCAGAAAAAAGUUUUGUCUGUUCUUAACCUGUCAUCUGAACCAUGGGAUGUGGCGUUGCUACCAGGUGCUCAGUUUGCAGUUACUCUUCCUAACGAAAAACUGAUUCAAAUUGUAUCAUUUAUCAAUGGGCUUUGUAAUGUCAGACAACUUGCAGCCGAUAAAAGCUGCUAUGGAAUAGCUUUUAGUGACGGAUUACUUACAGUUGGGAUGAAAGAAGGAAGAGUACAAUUGAUAAACCUAAAAGGGACAGUUUUGAAAUCAUAUGAAUCUGGUAGAUCAAAUGUUGUUCAUUACGUAGAAGCAAGUAAAAGCAAUGGAUGCAUAUAUGCAUCAGAUGGUAGCAGUAUAAUUUGUUUCAAAAAUAUGGGAGAAGUGGUAGACCAGUAUACACUUUCUAGCCUGGUGAAUGCAGGUGGAUUUGCUGUGUUGGAUGAUGGUUCGCUAGUGGUAUGUGCCAGUGACAAAUGCAGCAUUCAACUUAUUUCAGCAGAUUUGGAACAUAGCCGGAAGAUACUGCAAGGAAAGGGUGAAUUUCCUGCUCCGUACUCUCUUGGAUUAGAGCGUGAGGGGAGGAAACUCUACACAGGCAGUGGUAUUGGUACUAGCUGCAGCAUUAUAAACGUGUACACACUAAAAUAAGAUAUUAAAAAGUUGUAGGGGACAUGUAGUGUUUAGUAUACUUUCUAAACAGACUUGAAAAAUAAGCAAGACGAUUCUGCCUGGAAAGUGAACUGUAUACAUGCAAUGGCAUUGAUACUAGGUCUUACCUUAUAGAUAUGUACGCACUAAAAGUACUGUUAUAGCAGUAUGUGACAUAUGAAAGUUGCGAUUUUCAUGUUUUCAACAUCUUCAGAAGUAGCAGGAAGUAUAACUAGUAUAAACGUCAAACAUACUUAUCAUCCUGCUCAUCAACAUAUUAUAUUCCUAUUUUGACACCUUGUGGUUUAGUCAUGUCACGUGUACUCAUAUUUUGUGAAUACAUUGAGAAUAAUUAUGUGUAUGAUUAUAUCACAAUUUGAUAUUUUGUCUGUAUUUGUUUGCUACUCUUUUGAUUGUAUAUAAAUUUAUAUCGAAAAAUAUUUCAUCCCACAGACUGACAUUUAAUCAGUGUAAUUUUAUUGGCUACAUUUAAGCAUGAUGGUUUAUAACAUAACUUUGAUUGUUUUACUUCAUAGCGGUAUCGAUGGCAAGAUGAUUAAAUAGUACAGAACAUCUGAAAGCAUUAAUUGAACGGUUCCCAUUUAGAUUUAGAUAUCAAAAUACAGUUAAAUGUGUCAUAGUUUUAUUAUUCUCAAUUGUGGCAGGUCAUGUGCUUAUUUGUCAAAGAGUCCCUCGUAGAAUGUGUAUUUUGGUACUAAUUUGUGUGCUUUAGAAUACCACUAUAACUCUUGUGUAAUCUGAAUAAAUAUUGCUUGUUGAGGUAAUCAAGUAAGAGCGGUAGAUUAAAAGUUACAAAAAUGACAAUAAUUCCAACACCAAUUUAUAUGUCAGUGUGAUAUUUGUCUACAAAUUCGGUUUUAUUACAGCAAUGUCAGUACAAAACUGAAAGUACAGGCAUUGAUAUUUGCAAGUAAUUGGAAGUUGUAGCUUUCCAACGUUACGAGAGUUAAAAUUAUAUCUGGCAUUUCCUUAUCAUUGUUUAGAGCUAUUUUAGUAAUAGCCUAACGUAAUAAAAACGAGAAAGUAAAUGUAAUAUGACACUGCAUUGUCAUUUUAUGGAGCUAUCUUGGAACUUGUAUUUUUGUCAUUGUAACGGAAACGAAAAUAUAGAUGUUAUUUUGCACUGCCUUCUCACCUUUUUUUAGCUAUCUUGGUAAUUGUAGCUUCUAUCAUUUGUCAAAGCAAUGAGGACGAGAGUUUUUUUAAUCGUUCUUGAGCAAUAUGUUAGUAAUGGAAACUUGUAUCUCUUUUGAAUGAAAUGAAAACAAACGUUUAUAUGUUAGAUAACAUUCUCUUAUUUUAUUUUUACAUGUUAUCGAAUUUAUAGGAAACUAUACUUUUUGUUAGCGAUAUAAGGACAAAUGAUUAAAUAUUAUUAGCAUUC